UCAGAGCAGCCCGUGUCAGUGGUUGUUGCCAUGGAGGACGCGGCGGUCGCUGGCUACGAGGGUAAGCGCAUCGCGGUGGUGGGCGCCGGCGUGGUGGGGGUGACGACGGCGGUGCGCGCGCAGCGGCGGCUGGCGGGGGCGGCGGUGACGCUGCUGUCGGAGCAGGUGACGCCGCACACGACGGGGGACGGGUCGGCGGGCCUCUGGGAGCCCUACCUGCUGGCCGACACGCCGCCCGCGCUGGUGCAACGCUGGGCCGUGGAGACGUACCGGCACCUGUUGUCGCUGUGGCGGCGGCCGGAGGCUCCGGAGCUGGGAGUGAGCCUGGUGCCCCUGGUGUGCGUCGGCCAGCAGCCCCCCGGGCCGCCGCCGGCCUGGGCGCCGCACGUGCUGGGCUUCACGUCCCUAGACCACCGCCAGCUGGACGCGCUGUCUGCUGAGCACGGCAGGCGCUACACGAGCGGCUUCAGCAUGGUGACGCUGACGGCGGAGCCCACGCGGUGGCUGCCCAGCCUGCUGGAGGAGUUCAGGAGCCGAGGAGGCAAGCUGGUGCACCCGUACACCGUGCGCGACCUCACACAUCUCGAAAGGGAAUUCGACGCCGUCGUCAACUGCGCCGGCCUCGGCGCCGCCAAGUUCGUCAAGGAUGACGACGACCCCGUCUUCCCCAUCCGCGGGCAGGUCGCCAGGGUCUAUGCGCCUUGGAUCAAGCAUGUCUUUUUGGAAGAGUUCAGCGGUGGGAACUAUGUAAUACCAAACAUAGACUCGGUGGUGCUGGGCGGCACUAGCCAGCACAGAGACUGGGAGUGCGAUGUGCGGCCGGAGGACUCAGAGCACGUGCUGGGUGGCUGCGCGAGACUGCUGCCUGCACUGCGGAGUGCACCCCUGCUGGUCCAGUGGGCAGGGCUGAGACCCGCCAGGCGCCGAGUGCGUCUCGAGGCUCAGCGCCUGCCCGGCUCAGCGCUCAAGGUGGUGCACAACUACGGGCACGGUGGUGCAGGCAUAACUCUGAGCUGGGGCUGUGCUGGACACGCCGUUGACCUCCUGCAGCAGGAGCUGACAGCCUGCAAGCUCUGAGGGGCACCGUCGUCGUCUACUAGAGGUUCCAGUUCCAGUGCAGUCAACCAGAAAGCCGUUACAUGAAAAAUAUUACUACCUCUACACCUUCAUCUACACUGUGUCAACACCUACAGCGACUACAGCGAUCACUUUGAAGUGUGUGGUAGAGGCUGCGCUCCACUGUGCAAUAUGUUGAAUUUUCUUCCUGUUACAAUCGAGUGAGGAAGAAUGACUGCUUAAAUUCCUCUGUGUGCGCUGUAAUUAGUCUAAUCUUAUCUUAAUGAUACCUACGAGGGCUAAACGUACAGGGUGUAGUACGUUCCUAGAUUGCUCGCUUAAUACUGGUUCUUGAAACUAGAGGAGACAGCUCCUGCAGGAUAGUUGGCAUCUUUCAUAAACCCUCUGCCAGUUCAGGUUUUCAGAAUGCUCUCCUAUUCGUGCUGCCAUUCAUUGUAUACAUUCGUUAAUCCCGGAUAGUUCUACAUGGUAUGGGUCAAAUUCACCUGAGCAGUAUCCUAAAAUGAAUUGCAAGAGUGCUUUGUAAGAAAUUGGUUGUUGACUGAUUGUAUUUUCCUAGUUUCCUACCUAUGCUCCGAUGUCUGCCACCCACUUUGCGUACGACUAAGUCUAUGUGAUCAUUCCAUUUCAUAUUCCUGCAAGUUACCAUACCAAGGUAUUUGUAUGACUUGACCGAUACCAUAUGUGGCUCACUGAUACUAUAGUCACAGGAUACUACGUUCUAGAGUUUUGUGAAAUGAACAAAUUUACGUGACUGAACAUUUAAAGUGCGUUGUCAGUCUUCGAACCACUUUGAAGUCUUAUCACGAUCUCACUGGAUAUUUGCUUAGCUUUUAUCAGACAUAACUGUAUUACAGAUAACAUCGGCUGCAAAAAGCUUGAUGUUCCUACUCAUACUAUUUACCGCAUCAUUAAUACACAACACGAACAGUGAAUGAAGAAGGCACCAAUGUGUCAUAAAGUAUUCUCCAAAUUAUUAAUAUUACGUUAUAUAACAAAUGAAGUAAUUCAAUCGGGACUAUUGUUUACGUGGAAAUGAACUUUCUGCUCUACUUUGUAAUUUUCUACAGAUUUUCGAAAAGUUCUGCUGAUCUCCAUUGUGUACUUGUGUAUGAAGAAUUCAGUUUGCUCCUACAGAGGUUUGCUUUUUUCAGAAUGAAUCAUUCGCCCUGUGACGGAAUGUAUCCUAUAAUGAAACUUCCUGACAGUUGGUUGGUUGGUUGGUUUGGGGGAGGGGACCAGACAGCGAGGUCAUCGGUCCCAUCGGAUUAGGAAAGGAUGGGGAAGGAAGUCGACCAUGCCGUUUCGAAGAAACCAUCCCUGACAGAUGGAAAUUGUGUACCAGACGGGGACAUAACUCAGAGCCCUGAUUUUUUUUUUUUUUUUUUUUUUGCAGAAAUAUUCAUAUCAGCUGAUCUACCAAGCCAUGCAUCAAGGCAUCCCUCAAAGAUUCAAUCUACUCCUUUCUCCUAUUUGUCGUAGUCCACCAACGUUUGCAGGAGACCCUUUGUUAAGUGUCGAAAGCAGUGUACAGCGAUUGUCAAAAUGAAGCUUUGAGCACUACUGUGAACUGUAUCGGCAUAGUUCAACCGCUGAAACAUUGCCUGCAAAGGGAACGAUGUGAGUUCAAGCCCCAUUUUGGCACACAGUUAUUAUCUUUCAAGAGUUUCCUCCUAGUUUCUUAUAUCAGGAAAGCACGUUAUAUCAUCACGUAAGUUACAGUAAGGUUCACUUCUGAUCUGCCUACAAUGGUAUUUAAUUUUUUUAUAUGCGCCGCUAUAUGAGGGUAAUUUUUUUUGUAAAGAGGAACUCCCUCUCUUCUUUUUUAUAGGCCACCUGCUGCACCCAUUGUUAAUAGUGACAGUUGACAAGUGUAGAAUUUGAAACAGAAUUUAUGGAGCUAAUUUGAAACUUUAAAAAAUAUUUUACAUACUGUUUCUCUAUCUGAUUUCGAUGCUUCCAAUAAACAUUAACUGUAACAGUUUUCAUUCUGUGUAUGUAUCUGCAUAUUUUGCGCUGUUUACAAUGAUUAAAGGUUUAUUUUCAUUUUA